UUUUUUUUUUUUUUUUUUUCUUUUUUCUUUUUUUCGGAGCUGGGGACCGAACCCAGGGCCUUGCGCUUGCUAGGCAAGUGCUCUACCACUGAGCUAAAUCCCCAACCCCCUGUCUUCCUUUCUUUAAAUUCACCAAACAAGGAAAAAAUGAACUGUUAUAUCCAGACUUAGAAAUGAAGGUUCUGGGCUGGAGAGAUGGCUCAGUGGUUAAGAGCACUGCUCUUCCAGAGGUCCUGAGUUCAAUUCCCAGCAACCACAUGGUGGCUCACAACCAUCUGUAAUGGGAUCUGAUGCCCUCUUCUGGUGUGCCUGAAGACAGUGACAGUGUGCUCACAUACAUAUAUAAAUAAAUCUUAAAAAAAAAAAAAAAGAAAAAAGAAAUGAAGGUUCUGCAGUCCCAAGAUGAAUGGAUCCAGGAGGAUCCCCUGGACAGUGUUCGGUAUUUGCUGUAGUCGCCUAGCACCCUAAAUACGUAAAGCGAUCACAAAUCCUAGUUUAUCUUAAGACCUGUGGAGAUAGGCAUGGUAUCAGCCUAUUAUCCUAACAGCUGAACAGCUGAGAAACACAAUUCCCAUUCAGCCAGAGGCGGGCAUAUGAGUUCAAGGAACCCUGGGCUACAUAGCAAGACACUGCUUCACUCAUGAGAGUACCAGCGCUGUCCUGGGAACCAGAGGGGAACUGCCCUAUUCACAGCCUGAGAGCUAAUAAUACUCAACUCAACAUAGCACACACACCCAUCCUCAGAGGAUAAAUUCGAGAAAUAUCCAAGAACCUGCCUGAAAACGCAGAUAAUACCAAAAAUGAUUUUUCCUAAUAUAUACCUAAUGCCGAUAAUUUACUAAUUUGGCACAAGAAGGAAGUAACUGGUUUUUUUGUUUGUUUGUGUUUGUUUUUUUAAAGAAAAAGACCUGUAGCUACUGUCAGAGUGUAGCUACUGCAAUGCUUCCUGGGAAAUGUAGUUUGCUGUGUCACACGAGCUUUGUGCAUUGAAAGCUAGUUUUCUCUACAACUACUAAUCGCAUCUGCUUGCAAGUCCUAGCCUACCUGGACUGAUGCAGUAUCCCCCAUGCAUCACUUGAGUUCGAUCCUCACAGUAGGCUAAGCUACCUUUGUUCUUUGGGUGGUCACGUGAACCGACUCGCCACGCAAGUCUGGGUCCUCAAGCCUUUCAAGGGGUCCUCGCUGCCUCGGAGGCGCCCCUAAAGCUGCCUGCUCGCGCGAGAGUUUGGAGGGGCUGGCUUAGGGUCAUUUUCGUGGAGGCUCGCACGGGACCUUCAGAUCUCCGCUUAGGUUCCUGGUUAGGUACGGGGUGCUGGGCCAGGCGGUCACUGGCCACCCUGAACCUGGCGAGCGCCGGAGCGCUCUGGAGAAGCCCGGACAGCCCCGUUCUUUCCAGCCAGCUGCUAGGGUUGGGAGCCAAAGUGAGAGUCCGGCUGCUUUCCAGUGCCUGGGCCACGGCGGCGGCCGUGGGAGCAGAGGUGGAGCGACCCUGUCCCGCUAAAGAUGAAAGGCUGGGGUUGGCUGGCCCUACUUUUGGGGGUCCUGCUGGGAACUACCUGGGCUCGAAGGAGCCAGGAUCUACACUGUGGAGCUUGCAGGGCUCUGGUGGAUGAAUUAGAGUGGGAAAUUGCCCGCGUGGACCCCAAGAAGACCAUUCAGAUGGGAUCCUUCCGAAUCAAUCCAGAUGGCAGCCAGUCAGUUGUGGAGGUUCCUUAUGCCCGCUCAGAGGCCCACCUCACGGAGUUGCUUGAGGAGAUAUGUGACCGAAUGAAGGAGUAUGGGGAACAGAUUGACCCUUCUACCCACCGCAAGAACUACGUCCGUGUUGUCGGCCGGAACGGAGGAUCCAGUGAACUAGACUUACAGGGUAUCCGAAUCGAUUCAGAUAUCAGUGGCACCCUCAAGUUUGCGGUGAGUUAUGGCUGUGCGGUGAGUAGCUGGUUCUUGGGAGUUCAUAGGGAUUCCUGGGCACAGAUUGGGAGUCGGCGGCGGAUAUGGUGUUGCAUGCUUGUAACCCGGGCAGUGGAGGAGCAGUGGUUGGAAGAUUGGCACUAGUUCAUACUGAGUUCUAGGCCAGCUGGAGCGAUAUCAUAAAACCCUGUCUAUAAAAUCCCCACUGCCACCCAAAAACCAGGGAGAGAGCUGAGCCGGUGUCUCUGCCCCGGCUGAGGAUCCUGGGUCACUUCUCUGUCUUCUUGGUCGGCAGUGUGAGAGCAUUGUGGAGGAGUACGAGGAUGAACUUAUUGAAUUCUUUUCAAGAGAGGCUGACAACGUUAAAGACAAACUUUGCAGUAAGCGGACAGGUAAGCACCUCCCACUUCCAGUCCUGUGCUCAUAGCCUCAUGUAACUUGACUUGCAGCCCUGGCCCUCACCACACGGGACCGUGUGCUCACACGCUGAGACCUCUGAUAGAUGUCCCAUGGGGCUGGCUUCCCUUGGCUUAGAGUUUGGAGUGUGAUAUCUCUCCAGUCUCCACCUAAUAGUUUUCGGAAUAUGUGUUUCUGUUACCCUGGUUACGGGAGAGGGUGUGGUGGGCGUGGUUUGCCCUGGGUUGGCUUGGGGCAUUUUCUGAGAAGGGAUGUGUGUGUGAGUGAGGAUGAUUGUUUCAUUCACGUUGGUACGUACCGUUUGCAGAUCUAUGUGACCAUGCCCUGCACAGAUCUCAUGAUGAGCUAUGACUCACAGGAGCAAGCAGCCCACACCAGCUUGGUGAAACACCCCCGGGAGGGGAAGGAAGAUGGCGGCAUUGCCUUUUAUAUUAUGUUUUUAUGGAAAUGAACUGAAAAAAAACUCUUGAAACCAAAA